CCAAUCAAUCAAGAAAAAAUUUAGAAAAAGAAGGAAAUUAAAAAAAAGAAAAAGAAAAAAGGUGUGAGACGACAAGUUGGACUGAAUUGACCUUGAAUAAGGGGUGUCAUACGAUUCAAUGUUUGGGUCUUUCUUCAUUCUUCAACAAACCCAUUUAUUCAGCUCGCGCCAUUCUCCGGCCACCGUCGCCGACGGAGCGCCGUUUUUCCGAUAAUAUCCUCUGAAAGGUGGGUGCUUGUGACCAUCCAUGGAUAAAGUCUUCCACAAGCUCCGCAAUUUGGACGCAUACCCCAAAGUCAAUGAAGAUUUUUACAGUCGCACGCUCGCCGGCGGCGUCGUCACUGUCGUCUCCGCUGCCGUCAUGUUCUUCCUCUUCUUUUCGGAGCUAAGAUUAUACCUAUACACAGUCACAGAGAGUAAGCUUUUGGUGGAUACUUCAAGAGGGGAAAACUUGCAUAUCAAUUUUGAUGUCACUUUUCCUUCUGUUCGAUGUUCAAUACUCAGUUUGGACGCAAUGGAUAUUAGUGGCGAGCAGCAUAUUGAUAUACGACAUAAUAUAGUGAAGAAAAGAAUCGAUGCAAAUGGUAAUGUGAUAGAAGCAAAGAAGGAUGGAAUUGGUGCACCAAAGAUUGAGAGGCCCUUACAGAAACAUGGUGGCAGACUUGGACAUGAUGAAAAGUAUUGUGGGUCAUGUUUUGGUGCGGAAGAGUCAGAUGACCAAUGUUGUAAUUCUUGUGAAGAAGUGCGUGAAGCAUAUAGGAAAAAGGGCUGGGCACUGUCAAAUAUGGAUUUGAUUGACCAGUGUCAAAGAGAGGGUUAUGUACAGAGGGUAAAGGAUGAAGAAGGUGAAGGAUGCAAUAUUCAUGGAUCACUUGUCAUUAAUAAAGUGGCAGGAAAUUUUCAUUUUGCAACUGGGAAGAGCUUUCUUCAUUCUGCUAUCUUUUUGACUGAUCUGCUUGCUUUACAAGAUAAUCAUUAUAAUAUAAGUCAUCAGAUCAACAAAUUAAGUUUUGGUGAUCAUUUCCCUGGAUUGGUAAACCCUCUCGACAGGGCAAAAUGGGUGCAAGGACCAACUCAUGGCAUGUACCAGUAUUUCAUAAAGGUGGUCCCAACAAUAUACACAGACAUUAGAGGUCAUGUUAUCCAUUCGAAUCAGUAUUCUGUGACCGAGCAUUUCAAGAGUUCAGAGCUGGGUGCUGCAAUUCCUGGAGUUUUCUUCUUUUAUGACAUAUCUCCAAUCAAGGUCAACUUUAAAGAGGAACAUAUUCCUUUUUUACAUUUCCUGACCAAUGUUUGUGCAAUUAUUGGAGGUAUAUUCACUGUUGCGGGAAUAGUAGAUUCAUCGAUAUAUUAUGGUCAGAGAACAAUAAAAAGGAAGAUGGAGCUUGGCAAAUAUACAUGAUGUGAUCACAUCCUACGUGGGUCAUCUAACUGAGUCUGCUUUCUUGACGUUCAUGGUUGGCUGGUGCAUUGAGUAUCGUUUAUAAUGCGAUCUCAUAUGCACGUAAUGCCAAGAUUAAGCAGAGCUGAUGAACGAGGUGUAUUUUUUGGAUCAUGAUUUACCCCUUCAUGUGUAGCAAUUUCAAUUCAGUUGCUACUUUGGUGCCUUUUUUUCCAUGUACGGAUGAAUAUGAGGAAUGCAAAGAGUUGGAAUUUUUUGCUAUUUUUGCUGCAUAAUAUGUGACAUGAUCAUGGAUAACAUACGGUUCUUUUAUUGCUCUAUGCUGUAAUCUUGCGAAGAUUUUCAUGGAAAUUGAAGAAAUUGAACCGGUUAAGUUAGGAU